AAACGCUUUUAUUCCAUUUGAUGGUGGCACGUGAACUUUUUUGUGAAAUUUGCUGAUCAUCUACGCUAUUUUCCGACAUAAAUUACAAGCGCGUUUGUCUCACGUCCCGUUCCUCAAACCAGAGAAAGCUGGUCAUAGACAUUUUUUCUGAUCAAACCUCAAUUACAGUCCAGUUCAUUCCUUGUAUUGAUAAGUUUGCAAAAAGUAUUUAUUAUAACAGAUCGAAGAUAACAACUAAGAAUCUCGUCCAAUAAAUACAUAUUUGGCUGUAUAAAUUGACAUUACUGAUAUCAAGAUAUUGAGCUUAUUGUCCAAAAAUUUGUUAGAAUAAGCUGACUAAAGUUCAGCUUGAGAAUUUUAAAAAACAGAUUACUAAAUCACCACUUUAUAACAUGGCCUGUGGGAUGCAUUGGGAAGCGAGACGACGGCAACAGAAACUAAACAGAAAUAAAGAAGCCGAUGAAAAACAGAAUCAUUUUCAGUUGAUGAGUACUGAUGAGGAAGAGCGUGAACAAAGCGGUGUUCACGGUAUGCAGUGCACAGCUACUGGUGAUGCUAUUUCUGUUCACGGAAAUAGUGAUAAAAAUGGCGUGAAGUUAGAUCAGGAUGAGCAGGAGUUCAGUUUCUACAAUGUCAGGCCAAACACAGC